UGAAAAAAUGAAAAACUAGAGAGGAGAGAGAGGAGAGAGAGGAGAAACAAGUGGCUAGCUAGCUCUCGCCCAACAAUGGCGGUUUCCUAGGGUUCUGAGAUCUCAUCUCUAGAUCGCGAAUGGAAAUGCUCGGUAGAAGAUCCAACUACACUCUCCUCAGCCAAUUCCCCGACGAUCAGGUCUCCGUCUCCGUCACCGGAGCUCCUCCCCCUCACUAUGACUCCUUCUCCAGCGAGAACCGGAGCGGCGGCGGGAGCAACGGGAAAUCCAAGGGCGGAUUCGAUUGGGAUCCGAAUCGCGGCGCUGGGAACACGUACGCUUCCCCUCUCGGGCUGCAGAGGCAGUCGAGCGGGAGCAGCUUCGGCGAGAGCUCGUUAUCCGGGGAUUACUACGUGCCUGCUGCGGCGGGGAGUAGCGAGAUCGAAUCUGCGGGGUUUCCUCUAGAUGUGGGGUUCGGCGGCGGCGGUGGAGGAGAUUUGAGGAUUCAGAUGGCGGCGGGGGAGGCUGGGGGUUCGGCUUCUGGGAAGAGCUGGGCGCAGCAGACGGAGGAGAGUUAUCAGCUGCAGCUUGCGUUGGCGUUGAGGCUUUCCUCGGAGGCUACUUGCGCUGACGAUCCGAACUUUCUGGAUCCUGUACCGGACGAGUCUGCUUUGCGUACUUCGCCGAGUUCAGCUGAAACCGUUUCACAUCGCUUCUGGGUCAAUGGAUGCUUAUCGUACUAUGAUAAAGUUCCUGAUGGGUUUUAUAUGAUUGAUGGUCUGGAUCCGUAUAUUUGGACCUUGUGCAUUGAUCUACAUGAAAGUGGCCGCAUUCCUUCGAUUGGAUCACUGAGAGCUGUUGACUCCGGUGUUGACUCUUCGCUCGAAGCUAUCUUAGUCGAUCGGCGAAGUGAUCCAGCCUUCAAGGAACUUCACAAUAGAGUCCACGACAUAUCUUGUAGCUGCAUAACCACAAAAGAGGUUGUUGAUCAGCUGGCAAAACUUAUCUGCAACCGUAUGGGAGGUCCAGUUGUCAUGGGGGAAGAUGAGUUGGUUCCCAUGUGGAAGGAGUGCAUUAAUGGUCUAAAAGAAUGCUUUAAAGUGGUGGUUCCUAUAGGUAGCCUCUCUGUUGGACUAUGCAGACAUCGAGCUUUACUCUUCAAAGUGCUGGCUGACAUAAUUGAUUUACCCUGUCGAAUUGCAAAAGGGUGCAAGUAUUGUGAUAGAGACGAUGCUGCAUCUUGCCUUGUCAGGUUUGGGCUUGAUAGGGAGUAUCUGGUUGAUUUAGUCGGAAAGCCAGGUCACUUGUGGGAGCCCGAUUCCUUGCUAAAUGGUCUCUCAACUAUCUCAAUUUCGUCACCUUUGCGGUUUCCGCGACCCAGGCCAGUUGAACCCGCUGUCGAUUAUAGGUCACUAGCCAAACAAUACUUCACCGACAGUCAAUCUCUGAAUCUUGUUUUCGAUCCUGCAUCAGAUGAUAUGGGAUUCUCAAUGUUUCAUAGGGGUGGAGAAAAUGACGUUAUGGCAGAAAAUGGGGGUGGGUCUUUUCCUCCCAGUGCUAAUAUGCCUCCACAGAACAUGAUACGUGCGUCAAGUCAACUCCAAGAAGCAGUACCUAUAAGUGCCCCACCAACCAAUCAGCCGUUUCCGAACAGGGCAAAUAGGGAACUUGGACUUGAUGGUGAUGAUAUGGACAUCCCAUGGUGUGAUCUUAAUAUAAAAGAGAGGAUUGGAGCAGGUUCCUUCGGUACUGUUCACCGUGCUGAGUGGCAUGGCUCGGAUGUUGCUGUGAAAAUUCUCAUGGAGCAGGACUUCCAUGCUGAGCGUGUCAAUGAGUUCUUGAGAGAGGUUGCAAUAAUGAAACGCCUUCGCCACCCUAAUAUAGUUCUCUUCAUGGGAGCGGUCACUCAACCUCCAAAUUUGUCAAUAGUGACAGAAUAUUUGUCAAGAGGAAGUUUAUACAGACUUUUGCAUAAAAGUGGAGCAAGGGAGCAAUUGGAUGAGAGACGCCGCUUGAGUAUGGCAUAUGAUGUGGCCAAAGGGAUGAAUUAUCUUCAUAAUCGCAAUCCUCCGAUUGUACAUAGAGAUCUAAAAUCUCCAAACUUGUUGGUCGACAAAAAAUAUACAGUCAAGGUUUGUGAUUUUGGUCUCUCGAGGUUAAAGGCCAGCACGUUUCUUUCGUCAAAAACGGCAGCUGGAACCCCCGAGUGGAUGGCACCAGAGGUCCUGCGGGAUGAGCAAUCUAAUGAGAAAUCAGACGUGUACAGCUUCGGGGUCAUCUUGUGGGAACUUGCUACGUUGCAGCAACCAUGGGGUAAUUUAAAUCCGGCUCAGGUUGUAGCUGCGGUUGGUUUCAAGAAUAAGCGGCUUGAGAUCCCACGGAAUCUGAACCCUCAAGUUGCAGCCAUAAUCGAGACUUGUUGGACUAAUGAGCCGUGGAAGCGUCCAUCAUUUGCAACAAUAAUGGACUUGCUAAGACCAUUGAUUAAAUCAGCGGUUCCUCCACCUAAUCGCUUGGAUAUGUGAAGUCCAAACAGAUCAUAAUCAUUGAUGAUGUGCACAUAUACUCUCAGCAUUCUUUUGCUUCCCAGGAGGGGGACUAGUUAAGAUAGCUGUAAGGUACAUGCCUUGUGAGCUAUCGUUCUUAUCCUAUACAAACUCUUGUAUGACUAUUGUCACAGGGAGGAAACAAAAAAAAAGUAAUUGAAAAGUAGUAAUGGAAACAGUGAGGGAUAUUAUGUUAUCUACCUCCUCCCAGGGGCCAGCAAGCAAGGUUUUGUUGUAGUAUUUUGUUUGAUCCCACAUGUAAUGUCUGUUUCUUUACUUACAUUGUUGUACAUCAAAACUGCUAAACUAGUAGUUAAGACUCUUUAAGAGUGUCCCAACAAAAAAAAGUUGUGUAGCUGCUGUCAAGAGUUUUGAAACUCAAUAUGAUUCAUUGGAUAUACAUUUAUUUAUUCU